GUUCCAAAUUGGGUAAUGGAGUCUUGGAUUUCCCUUUAUUUAGUAAUGAUCUUCCUAUUUCUGCCUGAGACUUGUAUAGCUAGUGUUCAGAAUAAAGGCAGACUGAAUCUGGGGUUUCAAGGCUCUCAAAUGACUUGGAUAGACAACGAUGGAUUAAUUCUUGUUUCCAAUAGCUCCAAAUUUGCAUUUGGAUUUAACCCUACUAAUGAUGUUACCUUGUUCCUUCUUGUUGUCAUCCAUGUAAGUAGCUCUACCAUCGUUUGGUCAGCUAACAGAGAUUCCCCUGUUCGAAAUAAUGAUAAUUUUGUUUUUGAUGAUACUGGAAAUGCCAAUUUGCAAAGUGGGAAAUCAACAAUUUGGUCUACGAAUACGGCUGAUAAAGGAGUUUCCGCCAUGGAAUUGAAGGAUUCGGGGAAUCUAAUUUUGGUUGGGAAAGAUGGUAGCGUUAUUUGGGAAAGCUUCACACAUCCUGUUGAUACUCUUCUGUCAGGCCAGAAUUUCACUCAAGGAAUGAAGCUUGUAAGCACUCCUAACAACAAUAAUUUGAGUUAUUCACUUGAAUUUAAGUCUGGGGAUAUGGUUCUUUCUGCAAGUUUUCAGCCUCCACAGCCUUAUUGGGCUAUGGGGAAAGAUGAUAGAAGGACUAUCAAUCAAGUUGGAGGAGGUGUCACUUCAGCAAUUCUUGAUGGAAAUGCUUGGAAAAUUUAUGGUGAGAAGAGAGUGUUGCUCUGGCAGUUCAUUUUCCCUGAUGAUAAAUAUCCAAAUGCGACUCGGUUGGCUGUUCUUGGAGAAGAUGGUUCCAUUACUUUUAGCAUUCUUCAAGAUGAAUCAAAGCUUGACUCGGGGACAAGAAUUCCACAAGAUGAAUGCAGCAGACCAGACUCUUGUGAUCCAUAUUUCAUUUGUUAUAGUGGCAACAAGUGUCAGUGCCCAUCAGCCCUUCCAUCUUGCAAACCUGAGACUGCUUCGUUUUGCAAUAAAGAUGUGGAGCUUGUAGAUGCUGGGGAUAGUCUUGGUUAUUUUGCACUUGGUUUUGUUUCUCCAUCUUCUAAAACUGAUUUAAAUGGUUGCAAAGCUUCUUGCGUUGGCAAUUGCUCAUGUGCUGCUAUGUUCUUUGAUAGCACUUCAGGGAAUUGUUUUAUGUUUGAUCAAAUAGGAAGUUUACAAGGUUCGGUUAAUGGAGCUGGUUUCAAGUCAUACAUUAAAGUAUCAGCUAGCCAGGGGAAUGGGGAUAGCGGUGGUGGAGGUGGAGGUGGAGGUGGGAAGGGACGAUUACCUAUUGUCUUUGGUAUCGUCAUUUCUUCGGCUAUUGUCAUUCUUGGCCUAAUUUAUGGAGGUAUCAGAUAUCAGAGGAGAAAGAACAACAAGAUGCCUGAUUCUGCAAAGGGGAGUUCAGAAGAAGACAAUUUCUUGGAGGGCCUAUCAGGGAUGCCCAUUCGUUUUAGUUACAAAGAACUUCAGAAUGCAACUAAUAACUUCUCAAUAAAACUUGGGCAAGGAGGGUUUGGUUCAGUUUACCAAGGGGUCCUUCCAGAUGGGGCUAGACUUGCUGUGAAGAAAUUGGAAGGCAUUGGCCAGGGAAAGAAAGAAUUUCGAGCAGAAGUUAGUAUUAUAGGCAGCAUCCAUCAUCUUCAUUUGGUGAGACUGAGAGGUUUUUGUGCUGAAGGAACACACAGGCUUCUGGCUUAUGAGUACAUGGGAAAUGGAUCUUUAGAGAAAUGGCUUUUCAAGAAGAACAAGGAAUUCUUGCUAGACUGGGAUACACGAUUUAAUAUUGCACUUGGCACAGCAAAAGGCCUAGCUUACCUCCACGAGGACUGUGAUGUAAAAAUUGUGCAUUGCGAUAUCAAACCUGAAAAUGUACUUCUUGAUGAUCAUUUCCUCGCCAAGGUCUCAGAUUUUGGCCUCGCUAAGUUGAUGACCAGAGAGCAGAGCCAUGUUUUCACAACCAUGAGGGGUACAAGAGGAUAUCUCGCACCAGAAUGGAUCACAAAUUAUGCCAUAUCAGAGAAAAGUGACGUUUUUAGUUAUGGAAUGGUUUUGCUUGAGAUAAUUGGAGGUAGGAAGAAUUAUGAUCCUUCACAAAGUUCAGAGAAAUCCCAUUUUCCCUCAUACGCCUUUAGGAUGAUGGAAGAGGGGAAAUUGGAAGACCUUAUCGAUAGGAACUUGAAAGUUGAAGAAGAGGAUGAAAGGGUCUCCAUAGCAAUUAAAGUUGCUCUGUGGUGUAUACAGGAUGACAUGUCUCUCAGGCCAUCCAUGGCUAAGGUUGUGCAAAUGCUGGAAGGGAUCUCCCAUGUCCCUUCACCACCAACUGCUUCUCAAAUGGGGUCACGACUUUUUUCAAGUUAUUUGAAAUCACUAAGUGGCGAGGGUACUUCAUCCGGCACCUCUGCACCAUCAGACUGCAACAGUGAUGCUUAUCUUUCGGCUGUUCGGCUCUCAGGUCCAAGAUAGCAUUUGCAAGAAGCAUAAACAUAGUCGUUCAUGUAAGGGCUGUUGUAGAUGAUUGACAAACAUGUGCAAUGGUUUCAUACCUUUUAGUUUUUCUGUAUAUUAAAAUUAUCUAGGAAUUUUUUUUUGCCAUAUUAGCCAUGACAAAGGUUGGAGUUGAUUGAGAAUGUUUUAUUUGUAUAUAUAUCAAUGUUAUAAAUGAGUUGAAAAUAAACAAAGAAAAUGCAUUUGGUAACA